CCCGCAGGCCGCGCCUCUGCGUGCAGCGCCCCAAGCGGCAUCGGCGCGCUUUGGGGACCGGUUUCAGCGGCCGCUUUUCACACCUCCACACCCUAUUAAGGAGCGGGAGUAGAAAGGGCCCGCCUACAGUGUACUAGUUCUAGUACACUGUAGGCCCGCGUUUCGCCGCCUCGUCCCAGUGGAGUUAGCAAACUAAAAAAGAAUCUAGUUGGCUGCGAGCGGGUAGCGGCGCUAAGUCAGUCAGUUGGCUUCGCGGUGAGCCGAAGAACCGCAGCUUCUGUGACCGCGGCUCACUUUUUAAGAAGAGCCACUCCACGGAGCCACUCAAAAGAUCCGGCCCAUCACUAGAAGAAACAAACAAAAGAUGGCGGCGCCCGGCGGUGAUGAACAGCGGGCAGCUGUCAAAGAAACUUUCGAUGUGUUACUGGAGAUGUCUCAGCUGUUGAACACGGGCCUGGAUGCUCAGUCGCUGGUUCUCUGCGUCAAGCUGUGCGAAAGCGGCGUAAACCCCGAAGCCCUGGCCUGCCUCAUCAAGGAGGUGCGCGCCCGAACGGCGUCCAACGUCUCCACUUCGAGCAUGCGGCCUGACAAUGCCGAGCGAUGACUGCACCAGUCUUCUUGCUGAAGAUCAGAUGGUCGUGUAGUUGGUUGUACUUUCCAGCCUUUCAGCAAUGCGCAAGGGAUGGUCACAUACGUGGGUGAUCAGCUGUGAGGAAAGGAAAUGGUGUGAACACAGCGAACAUUGAUUUGCUGCUUGAAUAACCUCGCCAAUGCAAGUGCCCGGAAAUGCAAGCACCUGGCUACUCGGGGCGGAGCAUUGCACCGUGUUUAGGGCAUUACAGGUCACUUGGAGAUUGAGUCUGUUGCUGAAUUGGUGUAAUGGUGUGUUGCACUUGGUUGUAAAACCUUAUCCAAAGUGGACAAUAAAACAGAAGCCCCAAGUCAGUUUGGACUGGAA